AUGGAGCAGAAGCAGAGGCUCUACGAUGACCAGGAGGCCCGCAUCCUCGCCUUGUCGAAGGCGCUGGAGGAGCAGCAGGGGCGUUCUGGACACCUUGUGGCGCAACUCCGUGAGGAAGCCGAUCGUGCUAAGGCGGAGGCCGAGCAGGAGCGCGAGUCGCUCCGCGAGGUCACCGCAUCUCGCACAUCUGCGCAGCAGCGGGCUGCAGAGUUGGAGCAGGAGGUCGCCUUGCGGCGGUCUCACGAGGAGUCGCUUCAACAUCGUCUUGCGCUGUUGGAGACGCAGGUCGCUGCCGCCAGCCAAAAGAGCUUGGCAGCACAGGCCAUGGAAGAUGAGGCGCAAAAAGCACUGGCAGACGUGGAGGGCCUGCGGAAACAGCGGCAGAGGCUGCAGGAGCAGCUACAGGAGCAGGGUCGGGAGCUGUCCGAGACGCGCGAGGAGAACUGGCAGCUGAAGGAGGACCGUGGUCAUGAAAUCGAGAAGGCACGCGCCAUCUCAGAACGAGACAUCUUGGCCAAGGAGAGCAUGCAGCUUGAAGUCCUUCAGCUACAAGACCAGCUGCGCGACAAGGAGGCGGAGACACGCCUGGCACUGGAGCGCGCGGAGGGCUCGCAGCGCCGCGUGGAGACCCUGGAGGGGGAGGUUUCUUCGCUUCAGUCGCUUUUGGCGCGGGAAAGGCAACACCGGGCGGAGCUCGAUCAAAAGCUCAACGAGACGGACAGUUGA